AUGCUGCUGACUGAAGCUCUGAAAAGUCCAUCUAAAAGGACUGAGAAGCAUGAUGAUGAAGUCCCUGACAAUGGCGAUCUCGAUGAUGAGAAAUGUCCUACAAUUGUGCUAACUAAGGAGGAAAAAUGGAGGCUUCGUUUACCAUGGAAGAAUGCCCUAAUUAUUAAACUCUUUGACAAGAAAUUAGGGUAUGAACUGUUGAUCAAGAAACUUAGGCUGAAAUGGAAUCUUAAGGGUGAUAUAGCAUUAACGGAUGUUGGAUGUGCUUAUUAUAUUGUUCGUUUCCAUAAUCUUGAUGAUUAUGAGUUCGUUAUGACUCAAGGCCCUUGGAUUAUAGGUGAUAGUUACCUGACGAUUAGAAAAUGGGUGCCAAACUUCAUCCCAGAUGAAGAACCUAUCAGGAAAUUGACUGCGUGGGUUAGAAUUCCUAAUCUAUCGGUGGAGUAUUUUGACAAUUUGUUCCUCCAUAAGAUUGGUUCGAAAAUUGGCAAGGUAAUGUGUAUUGAUAAGUAUACUAAAUCCAAAGAUCGAGGUCAAUUUGUUCGAUUCAGCAUUGAAGUUGAUCUCUCGAAGCCUCUGUUGUCUAAAUUUAGGUUGAAUGGUCGAAUCUGGAAAAUUCAAUAUGAAGGACUUUGGCUUAUUUGCUUCAAGUGUGGUAAAUUGGGGCACAAGGAUGAGCAAUGUGACCAGUUUAAUGCACCUAAAUCCGAUGAGGUAGAGGGCGCUAGCCAGGGGAUUGGUAAAAGUCCGGUUAAUAAUCGUCCUGAAGUCACAUAUUCUUAUGGAUCGUGGAUGAUUGUUCAAAGAUCAUCGAGGAAACCUACGAGGAAGGAUACUAAUAACCAGGUUAGCAAGGCAUCUGUGAAUACAGAGAAUAAUGCAAAAUCCCAGCAACCAGUUGGUACCUUGAAGAAGUCAGUCCCUUCGAAUGGUCAAGUUCAAGCUCAGAAUGUGAGCAAGUCCGGGGUUGGAUCAGGUUCAAGGUUUGCUAUUCUUCAGCCAGAGGAUGUCACAGUGGAAGAUUUGGAUACUUUGCCAAGAAAUCCAACAAAGGAAAUUGUUAGCUUAACAAGUACUAAUCAGGAAGAAGUUACCAAGAGCGCUGUUAAUUUAGGUGAGGAUCAAAGUAUGGCAAUCGAGAUUAAUUCUCAAGAUAAUUUAGAAGGCGAAAAUUUGGGGCAAGAUGCGGAGAUGCAGCCUACUAUAGGGCUAGGAGAUAAUUAUCAAUUUGAGAAGGAUAAUUUGGAAAGAGUUGAUCAGGGUGUUGGUAAUAAGUUAUCGAUUAUUCAAAAAUUAAUUAGAAUAAAUCGGCCUUCUAGUAAGGAGGUUUCGGUAGUUGGGUUUGAAAGUCACAAUCAACAUUUAACUGUAGAAAUAAAGAAGCAUGGCGAAGACCCUUGGCUUUUUUCUACAGUGUAUGCUAGCCCUCACAGUGCUCUCAAAAAGCAAUUACGGAAUGCGCUUUAUCAUAUCAAAAAUAUAUAUUCUGGUCCGUGGUUAAUAGCUGGGGACUUCAAUGAUACGAAGAGCUUGAGUGAAAGGAAUGGUUCUAGCGGCCUUGAGCACACUUGGUCUAAGGGUAACUCUCCUGAUACAUUUAAGUCUACUCGUUUGGACAGAGGGUUGGUGAAUGAAGCGUGGCAAUUGCGAUUUGAAGAUGGUGCGCUCAGAAAUCUACCUAAGUCUCGAAGUGAUCAUUGCCCUAUUCUUAUUAGUACGUCUGGCUUCGCUCCUAUCCCAGCUUCGUUGAAACCGUUUAGGUUCCAAGCCGCCUGGAUGAAUCAUGAGAAGGUUGAUGCAUUUGUGCACGCAUCUUGGGACAAGGUUGCGCCUAUUAUUCCUUUCUUGAGGAAAUUUGCGUACAUAUUGAACAAGUGGAACAACGAAACUUUUCAUAAUAUAUUUCGCAAGGAAUCUGAAUUGUGGGCUCGCUUAGAAGGAAUUCAAAAGCGAUUAUCAACUGGAAAUGAUAGACAUCGUUUGAAGCUUGAAGCCAUGCUUAGACGAGAGAUGGAUGAUGUGAAUAACCAAGAAGAAAUCUUGUGGUUUCAAAAAUCAAGAAUUGAUGCGAUUAGAAAUGGAGAUCGAAAUACAAAGUUUUUUCAUUUAUCCACUCUCAUUCGAAGGCGUCAAAACAGGAUUGAAACUUUACAAAACUCCCAAGGUGAAUGGCUAACUUGUCCGAAGCAAGUUAAAAGCCUAGUUCUUGAUUUCUGGAAGAGUUUGUUCCAAGAGGAAGCUACGGCUUUCACAGGUGAAAGGCUCUUAAUUGAUCAAUUUCCAUACAUUGAGAAAGAAGAUUGGGAUCUUGAUACAGUAGCUCCGAAUCUGAUUGCUUUGGUGAAAGAUGUGCUUGAAGGCAAAACUUUUCCAGAAGGGUUAAACGAUGCGUUCUUGGUCCUUAUACCAAAGAUGGAUGUGCCGCAAAAGCUAAAUCAUUUUCGACCGAUUGGGUUAUGUAACAUCAUUUAUAAAAUUGUUACUAAGAGAAAGCAAGGAAAACAUGGUAUUAUGGCGGUGAAAAUUGAUUUUGAGAAAGCUUAUGAUCGCCUUCGAUGGUCAUUUAUUCGUGAAUCUCUUUUAGAGCUUCGUCUUCCGCAAUCAAUGGUUGAUGUGGUGAUGAAGUGUGUGACUUCUACUAAGCUUAGUAUAUUGUGGAAUGGGGAACCUACGGCUAGUUUUUUCCUAAGUAGAGGAAUUAGACAAGGUGAUCUGUUGUCUCCCUACUUGUAUGUUAUAUGUAUGGAACGUUUAGCCCAUUUGAUCGAGCAUGAGGUGCGGUUUGGUGCUUGGAAAGCUGCUAGGGCUAGUCGUAAUGGCCCCUAUAUUUCACACUUGGCCUUUGCGGAUGAUCUAAUUUUAUUUUGUGAAGCUUCGGCGGAUCAAGAGCUAUGUAUGAAGGGGUGUCUUGAAAAGUUCUGUAAGGUGUUAGGUAGCAAAGUAAGCUUUGACAAGUCAUGUGUGUUCUUUUCUGAGAAUACUGAACCUGAUAUUAGAGGAGCGAUUUGUGAUAGUCUGAAUAUGCAGUACACUGAAGACUUGGGAAGGUACCAAAGGGUACCUACAAUUUCUGGUCGCACUUCUAAGCAGGACUACUAG